AUGGCCCGGCCGCUGGUGCCCAGCUCGCAGAAGGCUCUGCUGCUCGAGCUCAAGGGGCUGCAGGAGGAGCCGGUGGAGGGCUUCCGGGUGACCCUGGUGGACGAGGGCGACCUGUACAACUGGGAGGUGGCCAUCUUCGGGCCCCCCAACACCUACUACGAGGGCGGCUACUUCAAGGCACGCCUCAAGUUCCCUAUCGACUACCCCUACUCCCCGCCGGCCUUCCGGUUCCUGACCAAGAUGUGGCAUCCCAACAUCUACGAGACGGGGGAUGUGUGCAUCUCCAUUCUCCACCCCCCAGUCGAUGACCCCCAGAGUGGGGAGCUGCCCUCAGAGCGCUGGAACCCUACGCAGAACGUCAGGACCAUCCUGCUGAGCGUCAUCUCCCUCCUCAACGAACCUAACACCUUCUCACCGGCGAACGUGGAUGCCUCUGUGAUGUACAGGAAGUGGAAAGAGAGCAAAGGCAAGGACCGGGAGUACACGGACAUCAUCAGGAAGCAGGUCCUGGGGACCAAGGUGGACGCGGAGCGGGACGGCGUGAAGGUGCCCACCACGCUGGCUGAGUACUGUGUGAAGACCAAGGCGCCAGCGCCCGACGAGGGCUCAGACCUCUUCUACGACGACUACUACGAGGACGGCGAGCCCGAGGCUGAGGCCGACAGCUGCUUCGGGGACGACGAGGACGACUCCGGCAACGAGGAGUCCUGACAGGGCGACCCCAAGAAUAAACGUACAGAGUUUACCUCAGCAGCCCCGGACUGUGUGGCGAGACUGCCCCAUGGGAGGGGUGCUGCCCGGCCCCCUGGGUGGUCUCCUCCCGGGCGUCGCCCUCCCUUCCCGCGCGCGCGUGUGUCCCGGGUCCCUUGCAGCCCGCCAGGUGGGGCGGGCCUGGGCGGCGGUGGCCUGAGGGACGCGGACCCGCCUGUGUGCGUGUUCAGCUCCUGCUGGCCGAGCCAGAGACUUGGGCCUGCGGCUCGCGCUGACGGAUUCACUUGUGGUCACCUCUUCUCUCUGCUUUGGUUUGUUUGGAAUCUAAAUAAAACGACUUUAUGAGCAGCUACAGAACCAACCUGUCCUUGGCCUUCCCGAAGGACCGCAGAGAGCGGUGUGCCACCAGGCACCCCGUCCGGGCCGGGUCACGGCCCCAGAUUCCCACCCGGGGCCGGCUGGUCUGCUGGCGGGGCUGGCCAUCGGGCCCCAGGCAGCCCCUCUGUGGCCACAGCACCCCCAAGGAGCCGUGUGUGCUGGUGUCACCCAGGCCCGGUGGCUUCAUUUCAGUGUAACUGUUAAGUCCAGAGUGGCCUGGGCUCAGGGUCAGAUGGCAUCAGGACCGAGGCCCCCCCUUGGGUCAGACGAGCACACGCCCAGCCUGACCAGUCACUGCGCCUGGGGCUCAGACGACCCCACACAGGUGGGGGACGGGCCAGAGGGGCAGGUACAUCCAGGGUGCACACAGAUCCCCACAGUGGCCUGCACACGCCUUUCCCGGUUUGCCCUCGCGGUCUGGUGGUGUUUUAACCUGAAUGAUGUUUUUCCAUUAAAACGUGGAAGGUUUCACUCUU